AUGAAGCUGACCAAUUUCUAUACUAGUGGACUGGCCUCUGCAGUUGUGAUGGCAUCGUCUGUAAAGGGCGAUGCUGAUUGCAACUCGGGAUCGGUGUACAUUUUCAAUGGUGGCUCAGACAAGGUCCAUCAUGACCAGCAGAAGCCAUUGGUUAUGAACAUGGAUCAGACUCAAUUGGUUCUGGCAGACUUUGCUGGUGUCGACGAUGCCGAAACUAUCAAGGAUCUUAACGACGCUUACUUGAUUGAAAAUAUUCGAUCCAAGUAUCACACUCACCAGGGGCUGCUGUCUAAAGGACAACCUCAACAACCAGUUGUAGUCAUGGUCGAGAAUUUACCAGAAAACAGAAGAAAAGAAUUUCUAGGUGCAUCUCCCGCAUUUACUAUUGACUGGGAACAUGCUCAUGAUGGCUUUUUCCCGGAAUUGGUUGAGAAGUGGGCUAAAGCUGCCGAGGACCUGUAUAACCAAGCUAAGCAUCUGGUGGCUGAGGGAUCAUAUUUCAUAACUGGUAGAAAGACUAUCGACUGGAAUAGAAUGCGUUCCGUUCAUAUUGGCAGAGAUGAGUCUGACGAGCAUGUCCGAGCUGUUCAGGAUGAAGCUCAGGAUCUCCGUUUGGCAGUCAGCAAUCUCGUUGACAAAGACGAUAGAGCAUUCAUUCACCUGACCUCGUUAGCAAAGGACUGCAAGGACUCUUAUGAAGAUUCAGUUCAAACAAUUGAAGACGCUCUUCACGAACUCAUCUCUAAUGCGCACGUUGGUUACAGAGUGGCGGUGAUUGUUCCUCCUGGAGCUUCGUGUAGCAGUUCCGACGAUAACGAGGACCAGGACCACGAAUCGAAGCACCAAGGCAAGAAACAUCACGGUAACAAACACCAUGGAAAGAAGCACCAUAAUAAGGACUCUGACAAGACUGAAUACAACAAAAAAAGUCACUCUAAACACCACAACAAAAACAGUAACCAUAUUGUGUCGGAAGACGACCAAGCCGAGGUGAGACUUCCCCUUGACCGUCGUGACUUGCCCGUCAGUCCUGCUCCUAACAGUAAAGGAGACGUUCGUGCGACGUUUGCCGCCAACGGAUUCAAGACCCUGGAAAAGUGCGAGCAGUCGACCAACAGCUGUUCGGGCCACGGAUCAUGCGUGUCAACUAACUACGGCACUUUUGUGUGUGCCUGUAAACCCAGCUACGACGCUUCGAAGAAGAAGACCACCAACUGGGGCGGCUCUGCGUGCCAAAAGAAAGACGUCAGCAUCGAGUUCCAGCUGUUCUUCUGGACAGGCCUUGGCAUUCUCCUGGCGCUCUACUGGGCCAUCAGCGUCCUUUUCAGCAUCGGUUCCGAGCCCCUGCCUGGCAUUCUCGGCGUCGCUAAGAAAUCCGCCUAA